GAGUGUCAAAUCCAUUACAUAAUAAUAAAUAAUAAUAAUAAUAAUAAUAAUAAUAAUAUAACAUGUGGAGGUAUUCGCUAGAUGGCGCUAGAUGUAACAGGAAGUUCCAGGGAGCGUAUUGUUUGUGUAUCAGAGAGGAGGAGGAGGAGGAAUCUCAUAAAUUAUUAUUUAGUUGGGCUGGUCUUCAUGUUGUGCUUGGGUCUUUCAUAAUCGCUUUAUUUUCUUGUAAGCUGCUGAUGGAAGUGUAGAGGCUUGUUUCACAGUAAAGGCAGAAUAAAACUAGAUCGAGCACAGAAGCGAAGGCGGUGUUUCAGAGGAGGCCUAAAAAAAGGAGAGAACAGAAGUUAGACAUGGAUAUCUGUGCAUCCUCCGAGUCUCUCCUGGAAGAAGAACUCGCCUCUGCUAUCGAGCCUGCAGUGAAAGCGGCCGUGCUGAGCGUCAUGUCUGCGAUCACAAGGUUCGUGGACCGCAGAUGCGCAGUUUUUUACGUCAGUCAGAAGGAACGAGAAAAGGAAUUUCAAAGCGUACGAUUACGAUUGGAAAUAGCGGAGCGCGAAUUAAAAACAGUAAGAAAACGAGACUAUCUGAACGCUAAUAAACAACACUCCCGGACGGACACUGAUUUCAUUCAUCUAGCCGAGAAGGGAGAGAACCGUCUGAAAAGAGCUUCAUUCUUCAGCGGCGGUAUUAUUGCUCCCGGCCGGUCAGCCCCUGCACUGGGUCCCUCCACUGCACCAGUUCAGCCGAUCAGGGAGCUGGUGCCUGCAGUCCAGCCCGCACUGAAAAGCUCCCGGGUUUUAAUCCAGGAGGAUGGAAGCUAUUCCGAGCAGGACCUGCUGAUGCGAGGUGAUGAACACAGGGGCCACACAAGCACAGCGGGGUGGACGAGAGCAGUGAAAGGUCCUGCAGAGAGAAAUGCUCUCCCUCGUGCUGAGGAAGGGUCGAAGGCAGAAUCAGUUCCCAUUCAAGAGGAGCUUUUUGACCAGGAAUGGUGCAGGAGUCCAAAGCAGGCUACAGAGCUGACAUCUAUUGAAGGGGAGGAGGGGAAACCUGGACUAGACCCUGUCCACAUUAAAGAGGAGUCACCUGCUCUGGAUCCUGUCCACGUUAAUGAAGAGAUCCCUGGAAUUGAACCGGUCAUCAUUAAAGAGGAGGUUCUUGAACUUGAAUCUGACCCCAUUGAAGAGGGGGGUGCUGACCACUUUCAAAGCCGGCAGCAGAUUCACGCUGGACAGAAACUGCAUUCCUGCACAGAAUGUGGGAAAACAUUGAGUACGUCAACAGAUCUGAAAAGACACAGACGAAUUCACACAGGAGAAAGACCGUACUGCUGCACUGAUUGUGGGAAGAAUUUCAAUACCUCUGCAGAUCUGAAGAGACACCGUCGCAUCCACACAGGAGAGAAGCCGUAUUCCUGUAAGUGUGGGAAGAGUUUCAAACAGCGACAACAUCUUAAAUCACACCAACAAAUACACACAGGAGAAAAACCUUACCAUUGUACUGACUGUGGAAAGAAUUUCAUUAUGUCAACAGACCUUAAAAGACACCAGCGAAUUCAUACCGGAGAGAAGCCGUAUAGCUGUGAUUACUGUGGGAAGAGUUUCACCCGCUCAGGAACACUGACAGUGCAUCAGCGAAUUCACACUGGAGAGAAACCGUAUCACUGCACCACAUGUGGAAAGAGUUUUACUUUCCAUUCUCAAAUGAGGAAACAUAGCUGUUUGCAACAUGGACAACAGAAGUUAGAGAUGGAUCUGUGUGCAUCCUCCGCGUCUCUCCUGGAAGAAGAACUCGCCUCUGCUAUCGAGCCUGCAGUGAAAGCGGCCGUGCUGAGCGUCAUGUCUGCGAUCACAAGGUUCGUGGACCGCAGAUGCGCAGUUUUUUACGUCAGUCAGAAGGAACGAGAAAAGGAAUUUCAAAGCGUACGAUUACGAUUGGAAAUAGCGGAGCGCGAAUUAAAAACAGUAAGAAAACGAGACUAUCUGAACGCUAAUAAACAACACUCCCGGACGGACACUGAUUUCAUUCAUCUAGCCGAGAAGGGAGAGAACCGUCUGAAAAGAGCUUCAUUCUUCAGCGGCGGUAUUAUUGCUCCCGGCCGGUCAGCCCCUGCACUGGGUCCCUCCACUGCACCAGUUCAGCCGAUCAGGGACCCGGUACCUGCAGUCCAGCCCGCACUGAAAAGCUCCCGGGUUUUAAUCCAGGAGGAUGGAAGCUAUUCCGAGCAGGACCUGCUGAUGCGAGGUGAUGAACACAGGGGCCACACAAGCACAGCGGGGUGGACGAGAGCAGUGAAAGGUCCUGCAGAGAGAAAUGUUCUCCCUCAUGCUGAGGAAGGGUCGAAGGCAGAAUCAGUUCCCAUUCAAGAGGAGCUCUUUGACCAGGAAUGGUGCAGGAGUCCAAAGCAGGCUACAGAGCUGACAUCUAUUGAAGGGGAGGAGGGGAAACCUGGACUAGACCCUGUCCACAUUAAAGAGGAGUCACCUGCUCUGGAUCCUGUCCACGUUAAUGAAGAGAUCCCUGGAAUUGAACCGGUCAUCAUUAAAGAGGAGGUUCUUGAACUUGAAGAGGGAGGUUCUGACCACUUUGAAUACCGGCAGCAGAUUACCACAGGAGAGAAACAACAGGGCUGCACUGUGUAUGAGAAGAGUUUCAGUCGGUCAGCAGAUCUGAUAAGACACCUACAGAUGCAAACAAGAGAAAAAUUGUAUCACUGUACGCAGUGUGGCAAGGGUUUCGCUCACUCAGGAACACUUGCAUUACACCAGCGAAUUCACACAGGACAGAAACCCUACAGCUGCACUGAGUGUGGGAAGAGUUUCACUCACUCAGCAACACUGUCUUUACACCAGCGAAUUCACACAGGAGAAAACCUCUACCGGUGUUCUGAAUGCAGCAGGACAUUUAUUGCAUCGGCAGAGCUGAAAAGACACCAGCGAAUUCACACAGGAGAGAAGCCGUACCGGUGCAGUGAGUGUGGCAAAAGUUUCAAACAGUUGCCACACCUUAAAACACACCAGCGAAUUCACACCGGAGAGAAGCCGUACCGGUGCACUGUGUGUGGCAAAAGUUUCAAACAGUUGCCACACCUUAAAACACACCAGCGAAUUCACACAGGAGAGAAGCCGUACCGCUGCAGUGAGUGUGGCAAAAGUUUCAAACAGAUGCCACACCUUAAAACACACCAGCGAAUUCACACAGGAGAGAGGCCGUACCAGUGCACUGCAUGUGGGAAGAGUUUUACUUUCCACUCCCAGCUAAAGAAACACAUUGAGUCCAGCCAUGCUGUCAGGCACACCCCCUAAACGUGUUGGUCAGCAUUUCCUCUUAAGUUUUUAGAUACUGAGAAACUUGCCGUUUUGACUGAGAAACGGUAAAUUUAUCGGUGAGAAACCUUCGGUCACGCAUGAACCCUUUUAAUGUAUUUUUGUUGCAUUAUACAAUUUUGAAACAAUAUUCCAUUCUCAGCAAUUUUACAAAUUUAAACAGACAUUUAUCGUGGCUCUGCCUUUGAUUUUAAAUCAAAUUCUGAUCCUGUACUGCAUGCUUAACUGGUAAGCCUUCAUAAAACACUGGCCUCUGAACUGCCUUCAAUUGUAACCAUACUUAGGGCUAACAUUCAUUGUUCCAUUCUUGGGAAUACCAAAUUCAAUUUUUCAAAAAUGGCCAAUUCCAUUUGUUCCCACUUUUAAUCAAUGUAUAAAUAAUUAAAUACAGCAUUUGAACAUAAAUAGUGUUGGUAGUUUAAUAAAUAUUACUACAAUUCAUUUUUUUUCUUCAAUCAGACUCUUGUUGCUGUAAUAGUAAGUAAAGCACCUGAAGACACUUCAAACCUGUCAUUGUGUUGAUAGACAUCACUUCAUUGCUGGCAUUAAAAUAAGCAGGAAAACCUAAGACUUACAUUACAACAGUUCAGAAAACCAAAUGUCCAGCACAGUUGUGAGAAUCACAUUUACAGUCUUUCACUAACACAGUAGUUCAGUCUACAAAUAAAGGUGUUUUGAAAAGACCUGUUUAGCUUAUUGCUGGCAUUUACAAUCACAAUAAAAAAUAUGAAGCAGUUUAGUAACAGUCCAGCAAUGUCAUGUGAGAGCACAUGAUCACGCGAAUUGCAGCAAAACUUUGAGAAUACUAUCGCACCGUCCUCCUAUAGAUAAUCAGGUUUCUUUCAGCUCCGUCUUACUGAAGCAUUGCUCUUUUUUCUUCGUUGGUGCUGCCGCCAUGUUGAGUUUCAGCAGAGACGUGGAGUGAAGUCACAUGAUGAAUAAACUCGCAAAAAAAAUGGACAUGGUUUGUCUUCAAUUUCUAUACACUUAAAUGUGUAUUUUCGACAAGUUUGCUGAUUACAUUUUUACCAGUUUCAAAACGCUUGAGAUGAGUUCUGAAAUGGUCGUUUUUUAAAACAAAAACCGUCAAAGUGUGGGUAUUGAUUUUUAUUUAAGUUUACCGGAGUAUUUAUACUUUUAAAUAAUGCAGGAAGAUUGUGCGUCACUGAUUUUAGUGUUCAAUUAUACAACUAGUUAAAAACUUUGAAAGUUCAUGAGCAGCACCGAGCAGCACUCUAUAGAGGCAGAAUCGCUAGACGCCUGCUUUGCCCGCCCUGUGGCAGUAGAUUCGCUGGCACCCAAGCGCGUUCUGCACGUGCAUUUUUACAGGUAAAUCAGAGAAUCAGAUGCGAAUAUGCUUAUGCUUUGUAAGAAUGGUCUCAGAAUAAUAGGUUCACCGCAAGAGGCUGGAGUCUCGAUUUGAGGUGGAUGUUUAUGAUAAUAAUUUGCGAAAGUUAGUAAACUGAGUGCGAAGGUUGUUGCCAGUUCCUAUGAAAAAUGCGCGCAUUUUAGCCUUGGAGGGAACGCUGGUGUUGGUGCAGUGCAGCUUGGAAUCAAGUGAAUACUGAUGGUGUUCUGCAUCAGGGUCUUGACUGUAGAAGGCACAUCAAAGAAUAAAAUCUAUUUUUUUCUGACCGUAAACAUUUCGCAGUACUAAAACUUCAAAUUUAUCAUCACCCAUAUAAAGAUGGAACAGGAACUACAUCAAAAGUAAAAUUGUUUUUGUCAGAUUUAAAUUUCUUUUCUGUGGGAGAAACUGCUAGGCCAUGCUGACUUAUUUUUUGCUUGAGUGACUAAUCUGGAUGUUGCCUCUCUAUAAUCUCCUAAUGGCCACGGUGUGAAAAAAAGAUAUAAUGCAUUUGACUGCAUUCCCAUCUCCAUCUCUACCAGCAGUACAGUUACUCGACAGGGUCGGUGAGUCAGCUGCAGGUCUGUUGAAAGAUUUGUAUGACUCUAGACCUGUACAGAAACCUAAGGAAGGCUUUCAUGCAGUUCAGAAUACAGCUUGCUUUGCCCAUGACUGGCAGGAGUAACCACUGGAUUCUUGAUGCCCAUAGACCUUUGUAAAGGAUCUUUGUAAAGGGCCAGCAGUGUGGAGUAGUGGUUAGAGCUCUGGGCUCUUGACCGGAGGGUCGUGGGUUCAAUCCCUGGUUGGGGACACUGCUGCUGUACCCUUGAGCAAGGUACUUUACCUAGAUUGCUCCAGUAAAAACCCAACUGUAUAAAUGGGCAAUUGUAUGUAGAAAUAAUGUGUAAAAAAUAAUGUAAUUGUAUGUAAAAACAAUGUGAUAUCUUGUAACAAUUGUAAGUUGCCCUGGAUAAGGGUGUCAGCUAAGAAAUAAAUAAUAAUAAAGAUGUUAUUGACCAA